AUGGUCAUGAUUUCUUGCUCCUAACAACAUCUCCGCCGCCGCGGAUUCCACUCUCUGGCCGGUCGCCCGAACCUCACGAUUCCUUGAUCCGCCCUCCUCUCCUCCUCGAUUGCCGCUAAUCACCUCCCACCGCUGACACCGCCAGCUCAAACUCCGAGUCCAAGAUACGGAAAUCAAAAUCGAUAAUCCCUCUCUGUAAUGGUCUCAGGGACGAUUAAGCUACUUCUUCUUCUGUUUAUUGAAUAGAAAUCAAGCUUAAAGCAUGGCGUCCAAGACUUGCAUGAAUGUACUGUGCGGGGCGUCGACGUCCAUUGAGUGGAGAACAGGAUGGACUCUGCGAUCUGGAGAUUUUGCUAAUCUUUGUGAUAAGUGCGGGUCUGCAUAUGAACAAUCAAUAUUUUGUGACAUGUUCCACUCAAAAGAUUCUGGUUGGAGGGAAUGUACUUUAUGCGGCAAGCAUCUACAUUGUGGAUGUAUUGCUUCCAGGUUUCUGCUUGAGCUUCUUGACAGUGGCGGUGUACACUGCAUAAGCUGUGCAAAUAAAUCAGGACUUAACCCUAUGAAUGAAGAUGAAAAACCUGAUGGAUAUGGAACUUUGAAGGCUCAUAAUGUGGGUGAAUUGCAGUCCACAUCUGUGGACAAUCAGUUGAGUUGUCGAAGCUAUGAAAAGAUGAAGCUUAUGCAGUUGACAAAUAAUGCAGAAAGUAUUGGGCUGAGACACUUGCUUCAGCUUCAAAUUGAUGACCCAAGUACUUCUUCGGGGCCUAUGAAACUGGAAAAAGUGUUGCCACCUGGAGAACCUCGGAACUCUUCCUUCUCAAACUUUAAUCAAGUAUCUAAUGGAUCAGCUUAUGCUGUUAAACCUGACAUUUCUAAAGCAACUGGAUAUGAAUCUCUUUCACAGCCAAACUUGAGUAUUUCCUUGGGCAGUCAUUUUGGAAAUGAAAAUACCUUUACUGGUUCAGUUGUUGAUGAAAAGGUUAAGGUGUCAUCAAUCUUGCAACAAGCACCUAAGUCUCGUCAUCUUCUGCCCAAGCCUCCAAAAGCAGCCCUUGCAACUGGUUUGGAGGCAAAUGCAGGAAUAUCUCAGAUACGUCUUGCUAGGCCUCCCGCAGAAGGACGUGGGAGGAAUCAGUUGCUUCCUCGUUAUUGGCCAAGGAUUACAGACCAAGAAUUACAGCAAAUUUCUGGGGAUUCAAAUUGCACUAUUGUUCCUUUGUUUGAGAAGGUUCUAAGUGCAAGUGAUGCUGGUCGCAUUGGUCGUUUGGUUCUUCCAAAAGCAUGUGCUGAAGCAUAUUUUCCUUCUAUAUCUCAACCAGAGGGCCUUCCUCUAAGGAUUCAAGAUGUAAAGGGAAAGGAAUGGGUGUUUCAGUUCAGAUUUUGGCCUAAUAAUAACAGCAGGAUGUAUGUUUUAGAGGGUGUAACUCCUUGCAUACAAUCUAUGCAGUUGCAAGCUGGAGACACUGUAACAUUUAGUCGCAUGGAUCCAGAAGGCAAGCUUGUUAUGGGUUUUCGUAAAGCAACAAACUCUGUCACAUUGCAGGAUACUCAACCGUCUGCUAUUCCUAAUGGCAAUCUUUCAAGUGAAAGUUUCUUUUCGGGUGUUUUUGAGAACUUGCCUAUAAUAAGUGGUUACUCUGGCCUUCUUCAGUCACUUAAGGGAAGCACUGAUCCCCACCUAAAUGCAAUAUCCAAACAUUUGAAUCCAGCAAGUGGUGAUAUUGGCUGGCAGAAAUCUGAGAAGCAUGAGGACAGAACAAGGGAGGGCUUAUUGCUGCAAUCUAUGCUGGCUCCUGAGAGGAAAAGAGCUCGAAACAUUGGCUCCAAGAGUAAGCGAUUGCAUUUUGAUAGCCUAGAUGCUUUGGAGCUGAAACUUACUUGGGAAGAGGCUCAGGAUUUGCUCCGUCCUCCCCUAACUAUCAAGCCAAGUGUUGUCACAAUUGAAGAUCAUGAUUUUGAAGAAUAUGAAGAACCUCCUGUUUUUGGGAAGAGAAGCAUCUUUGUGGUUCGUGGAACAGGGUUACAAGAGCAAUGGGUUCAGUGUGAUAGUUGCUCUAAAUGGCGAAGGUUGCCUGCUGAUGCUCUUCUUCCAGCUAAGUGGACAUGCAUGGAAAAUACUUGGGAUCAAAGCAGGUCUUCAUGUUCUGCACCAGAUGAACUUAAUCCAAGGGAGCUGGAAAAUAUCCUUAGAUUAAAUAAAGAUUUUAAGAGAAGGAAAAUAGCAGCAUUCAGUAGGCAAAUCCAGGAUCAUGAAUCUUCAGGCCUUGAUGCUCUGGCCAAUGCUGCAAUGCUUGGAGACAAUGGGGAUAACCCAACCACUACAUCAGUGGCAACAACAACCAAGCACCCAAGGCAUCGCCCUGGUUGCUCUUGCAUUGUGUGCAUCCAGCCACCAAGUGGAAAGGGCAAGCACAAGCCUACAUGCACGUGUACUGUGUGCAUGACAGUUAAACGGCGUUUUAAGACCCUCAUGAUGCGCAAGAAGAAGCGUCAGUCAGAGCAUGAAGCGGAGAUUGCUCAGAAGAGUCAGCAAUCAUGGGGCCCCAAAGACGAGGCAGAAGUUGACAGUAGCCAUAAGCAUGUAUCUUCUCCCCAUGAUCCUUCCGAGAAUGAAGCCAGACCAACUAAUGAGUUAGAGCCUACGAGCCAAAACAACCAACCCCAGAGAUUGGCUGAACUUGGCAAAGGACACAUAGACUUGAAUUGUGAUCCUGGUCGUGAAGAUGACACUCAGGUGGGAUCAAACCGUGUGAGCAUGAUGAGUCUUCUUCGGGUAGCAAGUCUUCCUUUGGAGACAUAUCUGAAGGAGAAUGGUCUUACAAGCUUGGUUUCUGACCAGCAAGCCAAUUCAACAUCCCAUGCCCCACCACAAACUUCUGGGGAGAAAGAGACACCAGAGGAUAACUGCCUUCCUUCUGCUGCUGAAGAGCGUGAGAGUACAGAUGAAGAAAACUGUGAAACGGGAACGGAUCAAAACGAGAAUGAUCCUUGAUGAGUUUCAUGCCUUCUUAUUUAAUUUUCCCGUUCUUUUCUUCCUCCGGUGUUGCUUUCCUUGUAUAUUUGACAAGGGUAUAGGGGUUUUACUUCUUUAGAGGGUGGUUUUGCCUUUUUAAUUGACAUGUAUAUCAUAAAAUCAUUUUUUUUAUAUACAGUGGUGGUGUAUAUUCAUGGAGUUCGUUUUGAAAAUGCCUUUUUUUUAAUAGUCUACAAAUGCUAAACUUUUUAAGAAAACAAAGUGAAAAUC